GUUCAGUGUGAGAAAGGGAGUUGGCAAGCCGAGAAGAGAGGAGGUUAGAGCUGAGGAGUCAGGCAGGAAGGUUCCAGAGAAGUGAGUCGGAACAGGAAGAUGGUGUGUGGCAGAUGAGGGGCCUGGAGGGGUGGCACAGGCGUGUGUGAGCACGUGUGUGCUAGAGAGAGAGAGAGAGAGAGAGAGAGAAGAGGCUGUGUUCAGCCGAUGCAGGCAGCAGGGCCCAGGUCGUUACUGAAAAUACCAACUGUUGCCACGGCCUGGGUGGCCAACACAGCAAGAGACAUCUGGAGCCACGUAUGAAGCGGCCACUGAGCCCCUCUCCCCCGGGUGAGAAGGAGCCCCCCAUAUCUGGAGCUACAGAGUGCCCCCCUCGGCCUCCAGAACUGCCUAAGCCUAAGCGUGAAAGAAAGCGGCCGUCCUACACGCUCUGCGACGUCUGCAACAUCCAACUGAACUCGGCAGCCCAGGCCCAGGUGCACUGUGGGGGGCGCGCCCACCAGCGGCGGCUAAGGCAGCUCAGCUUGGGGAAGACCCCUGCCGGGCCAGUCUCCCACCGGAGGAGCAGGAAUAAACUUUCCCAGCUAAGUUAGAUGGAUGGUCCCCAUUAGCCCAGCGUGCUCCCCUCCUGCCUUCCCCACCAACUUCCAUUGUCAAGGGAGGUGCCGCGGUGUGUAGGGGGAGGCUGGGGGGCCAGAGCACUUGGGUGGGGGUUGGGGGUGCCCUGCCCCUCGAGCAGGAAUGGUGCCCCCAGGGAAGAAACCCGCAGGAGAGGCCUCCAACUCCAACAAGAAGUGCAAGCGUUACUUCAACGAGCACUGGAAAGAGGAGUUUCCCUGGCUGGACUUCGACUAUGAGCGGAAGUUGAUGUUUUGCCUCGAGUGUCGCCAGGCCCUGGUGCGGAACAAGCAUGGCAAAGCGGAGAAUGCCUUCACCGUGGGCACCGACAACUUCCAGCGCCAUGCCCUGCUGCGCCACGUGACCUCGGGGGCCCACCGCCAGGCGCUGGCCGUCAACCGGGGCCAGCCCACUUUUGAGGGCCACGCCGAGGGAGGAGGGGCCUACCCAGAUCUGGAGACGCCCCCCACCUCCAGGGGCGUCAAGAUGGAGGUGGACCCGGCCAAAGUGGCCGUGCUGACCACGGUGUACUGCAUGGCCAAGGAGGAUGUGCCCGACGACCGCUGCUCCGCCCUGCUCGAGCUGCAGAGGUUCAACCUGUGCCAGGCCCUGCUGGGCACAGAGCAUGGCAACUGCUACAGCCCCAGGAGGGUGAGGGACAUGCAGGUGGCCAUUGCCAGUGUCUUGCACACAGAGGCCUGCCAGCGCCUGAAGGCAUCCCCGUAUGUAGGGCUGGUGUUGGACGAGACCAGGGACUGGCCUGAGUCCCACAGUCUGGCCUUGUUUGCCACUUCGGUGUCCCCCUGUGAUGGCCAGCCGGCUACCACGUUCCUGGGCAGUGUGGAGCUACAGGAGGGUGAUGCCACUGCUGGCCAACUCCUGGACAUCCUGCAGGCCUUCGGUGUGUCUGCAGCCAAGCUGGCCUGGCUCAGCUCGAGCCUCCCCAGUGACCGCCUCGGGCACGUGGGCCCACAACUCCGCGCUGCCUGCCCACUGCUCACCGAGCUACACUGCCUCCCCGGCCGGACAGAUCCUGAGCCCCCGGCCUACCUAAGUGAAUAUGAAAGUGUGCUGGAUGCCCUAUUCCGCCUCCAUGGUGGCCCCAGUUCCCACACGGUCCCCGAGCUCCGGGCGGCACUGGACCUUGCUGCUGUUGACUUGGCGGGACCCCGGCCAGUGCCCUGGGCGUCCUUGCUGCCUAUCGUGGAAGCAGUGGCUGAGGCUUGGCCUUGCCUGGUGCCCACACUGGAGGCCUCUGCCCCAGCCUCCCCUACAGCUAGGGCACUUGCCCUCGCCCUGCGCCAGUUCACCUUCGUGGCCUUCACCUACCUGCUGCUGGACACUCUGCCCACCGUGCAGAAGCUCGCCCUUGUCCUGCAGCCAGAAGAGCCAGACUUGGCCUCGCUGCAGCCCCUGGUGAUGGCGGCCGCGGCCUCCCUCCAAGCGCAGCGCAGCUCGGGUGGGGCGCGCCUCCAGGGCUUCCUGCAGGACUUGGCUUCCUCCGGCCCCGACUUGGGCGGUGGGUGCUGCACCUACCGUGGCGUGGAGCUGGUCGGCUACUCCGAGGCUGCCGUGCGGGGCUUGGAACGGCUGCGGGGGGCCUUCCUGGACUCCAUGCGGAGGGGGCUGUGGGACUCCUAUCCCGGGCCCUCGCUGGACGCCGUGGCCGCCUUCGCGGCGAUCUUCGACCCGCGCGGUUACCCGCAGGCACCCGAGGAGCUGGGCGCGCACGGCGAGGGAGCGCUGCGGGUGCUGCUGCGCACCUUCGCCCCCGCCGUGGUGCGCCAGCGGGCGCUGGGCGACUUCGCGCUCUUCAAGCGCGUGGUGCGCAGCCUGGGGCGGCUGGGCCCGCGGGCCCUGUGCGCCAAGCUGGCGUGCGCUCGCUCUGAGCUGCACGAGCUCUUCCCGGACUUCGCCGCCCUUGCCGCUCUAGCCUUGGCGCUGCCCGCGGGCGCCGGCCUCCUGGACAAGGUGGGCCGCAGCCGGGAGCUGCGGUGGUGGGGGCAGAGCGGGGCCGGGGAGGGCCGGGGCGGCCCGGCGGUGAAGAUCGCCGUGGAUGGGCCUCCGCUGCACGAGUUUGACUUUGCGCUGGCCGUGGAGUUCUUGGAGAGUGGGUGGGCGGAGGGGCUCCUGGGGUCGCAGCUCCCGUGAGGGAGGCCGCCUUCCCUCCGCCCAGUCAGCCUGGGGCCGGGGGCGCUAGUCUAGGGGGCCAAGGCGGAUCUGACUGAGCUACACCCAAGCUGACCGCCUCACCGUGGCCUCCCACCCACCUGCUCCGGGCUUCCUCCGCUCCGUGCUGAGUACUGACCGUGCCCGGUGGGCUGUGGAGGAAGGGCUGCGUCACGGGAGGCCUGGGCAAGCCGGCAGACAUGCUGGGUUUGGGGGCACCCUCAAUAUCGCUUCUGCCCUUGCCAGAGUUUGGUGAGGAGUAGCUCACCUUUUUCCGUCUGGACCAAGCCCAGAUUUGGGCCCUAGAAAAACUGAAGAGUCUUGGAGGGAGAGAGGAAGACUGGGUCUCAGGAAUUGAGGGACUGAGGGAAAGGAGAGUGGGUUCUUGGCUGUUAGCUCCCCCGCUGGCAGCAUCUCUUCUCUUCAGAUAGAACUGGAGAGGAGAUGACUUCCUUGUUUUUGACACACAGCACAACACCCUCUCUGUGCACAAGCUACCAGUUCAAGGGAGGUAGUGGUGCCCUACCUCCCCUGCCCACUGCGUGAGACUCUUCUGCAUAUGGCUGUGUAUAUAGACAUAUACAUCUAUCAAUGUAAAAUAAAUCUAUCUUGCAUAUUGUUAACACACAAAAAA